AUGCUGUCUGACCAGAGCUAUCCAAAAUGUAACCCAAUUCAACACGAACUCAUCACAGCAGCUCCAGAACACAAUUUCAGCAAAAUCAAUUCUGAUAACUGUCUUCUUCUUGUUUCCUCGCCGCGAACGGUAUUCAAUUCAGCAGAACGGAACAGUGUCUGGGCCUGUGGUGAACCAAGGGAGGCUCCGGCGAUUCGGCCGUUAGAGUUUAUCGGAUAUUCGGGAGUUGAAUUGCAGCUUGUUGUUGCCGCACGAGGCGUGCAAGCCGGGGCGGAGGGCGUUAGGUUGAGAAGACCUCAGAAGAUGGUCGAGAUCUGCGACCGCGUGCUCGUCGACGUCCAGGGUAUUCGUCCAGAAGACCCUCUAUUCCUAAUUGAGUUGCAGCUUAUUGUUGCCGCACGAGGUACAUUUCAUCGGGCUUUACUUCCCUUCGGAUCUAAAAAGUUUAGAAUUUCAGGCACAAUGGACAGCGUAGUUGAUUCCCUGAAUAAUGCCUAUCAAGAUUUUGUUGCUGCCGCUGCCAAUGUGUUAGAGGCCAAAGAAAAUGCCGGUUCCAUUAAAACAACAGCAACCGAUACUGCUCUAGAGAACUUUAAGCAGAAGUGGGAAUUGUUUCGAGUAGCAUGUGAUCAAGCUGAGGAGUUUGUAGAGUCUGUGAAGCAAAGGAUAGGAUCCGAAUGUCUGGUGGACGAGGCAACAAGGCCAGUAGCAGGAAAACCUGGACAAGCUACCAUGACUGGUCUUCCUCCCAUAAGUGCAGUUCGGUUGGAACAGAUGAGUAAAGCAGUUCGAUGGCUUGUGAUUGAAUUGCAGCAUGGUUCUGGAACUAGUUCGGCUAGUUCGGCUCUUUCCCCUCCCUCAGCUGCGUUUGAUGCAAGGUUUUCUGAAGAUGCUACCCAAUAG